GGGAGGAGGGUUAGGGUUAGGGUUAGGGUUAGGGUCCGGGUCCCCAGUCCAGCCCUGUUCUGACACCGACAUCACUGAAAACCGACAAGCCUUCGGGAAGCAAGCCCGCAGCUGCUGCUGUAAAAAACAGGAAAGGACCCCAGACCCCGUUCUGAGAGCGGAGGAGCUUACAGGCACCUGAAAGCACUCCUAAAACAACAAGUCAACAACCUGACCUUACAUUCCUGCUGAGCACUGAGACCUUUUUGCCGACCUGUGCCUAACACGGAGGAGCGAGGAAGAGAGGCGCUCCAGCCAUGAAGCUAAGCGUGGCAUUGUUUUUUGCUGGGAUCUUUGGAGCCCUGGCCACAGUCUUUGUUCUUCUGUCCUUUGGUACAGAUUACUGGCUCUUGGCUUCGGAGACGAAAUGCAAGACUGAUUUAACUGGUGCUUUAGAGCGAGGGCAUGCUGAAAACACUUCCACCUUUUACCAUGAGGGCUUUUUCUGGCGCUGUUCCUUUGACGGCAGUACCAGUAUGGAACAGGACCCCCUGAGGAUAUUCUGGUUCAUGUUUGUCCCCAAAGCAAAUCAAUCACACGGCAAGAUGUGCAUACCUGCCUAUUUUUUUCCCUUCCCUCUAUCUCUGCAGACCCACAAUGCAACCACCUACGACUCUGCCAUCAUCUACAGGGGGUUCUGGAGUGUCUUUAUGCUUCUGGGAGUAACUGCAGUCGUACUGGGCGGCUUCAUCAUCAUCUGUGCAGCUCCGUUCGCGAGCCACUGCCUCUACAAGGCAGGUGGAGGUCUCUACCUCCUAGCCGGUUUCUUCCUCCUUUCUGUCACUGUGAUGUUCGUCAUCUGGUUGGAGGUGCUGGACAUAGUGGACAUAUAUGUGGGCCAAAAGUCUCAUCUGUAUCCAAACUUCCACCUCACAAUCUGCUACGGCCUCUCCUUCAUAUUUGCUCCGGUGGGCGUGUUUUUCUGCCUGCUGGCUGGCCUGCUCUUUUUUCUGAUUGGCCGGUCAAUGCAAAUGCACUGCCACUGAGCAUCUGAAUGACAUGUACAUACCACCCACUUUAUUAGAAGCUUGCACGUCCCCUCCCGGCCUGCUUUCGUAGGCACACCUGCUUUCGUAGGCACACCUUUCCUAUAGGUGCAUGAAUUUUUGACGUCCAAAAUAUCAAAGCCAUCCUGUGGUUUAUGAAAUGACUUCUGUUGAAGGGCUGAAAGACAGCUGACACAAAUGGUUACAUGGAAACCAAGAGGCUAUGAACUUUAACCCUAAGGUCAACACUUAUAUUAUUUAUAUUUCUAACAAAUAUUAAAUGAUAUUUCUAAUAAACACAUACUUCUAAUAAGGGAGUUGAUGAGUACUGUUGGAGACCAGUGGAGUGAUGUGUUUUUAUGUCUGUGGUUAUGACUAUAUGAUAGUGAGUAUGUUAGAGUGGGUUUAUUCUUUGGGAGAAGAAUAAGGGAGUGUAUUCAUUACUCAUUUGAUUUGCAAAGCAAGCAGGUAAAAACAUCAUAGACAAUCAUUUGAGUGCCUCGAGUAUAGGUGUGAGCUAAUUACUGUUACAUCGUUAAACUGUGUGACUGUGUGAAAGAUGGUUUGGGAACACUGGGCUGGAUUUGUGUGUGUGUGUGUGUGUGUGUGUGUGUGUGUGUGUGUGUGUGUGUGUGUGCGUGUGUGUGUGUGCAUAUGCACAAGUAUGUAUUCAUAAUAUGUCAUAUUAUGUAUUUUGUUAUCCUUUGUCUUAUAAUAAGGUCAACAUUUUACAAAACAACUAAUGUAUUUUCUAGUACAUUGUACCUGAAUAAUCUUGGUAAGGAUGAAUGAUUUUUGGUUUGCAAAAAUAUUUUUACAAGUGUAUCAUAAAUGAUGUUUGUCUUGCAUGUUUCUUCCCACAAAAGAGUUGUAUUUAUAAUAGUUUUGAAAAGUUAUGAUACAUAUUAUAUGACUAAGACAUUAUAGUGUCCUUAGUUUUCAUAUGAUCAUCUAGA